CGAAGAGCGUAUCCGAAAUGGGUCGAAGAAGCUACUGAAGGCCAAAAACACGAGUACUCAAGGCCGAAUUGACAACUUUUUCACUGCUCUUCCUGCCAAGCCUUCGGAUGACAGCAAGUCCAAGCCUAGCUCCAAGAAUCUCACAAAUAGCACGCAGGACAAAAAACGAAAGAGCACUGGCGGCUCUGCCGCAAGCCUCAAAAAACGCCGUUGAGCUGCUCAUCACUUUCCUAGGACUCCACUGGCUUGGAUGAUCUGCAUUUCUUAGAUCUACUUGUCACAAACCUUUUGAUAUCUCCACUACUUCCCUAUCCUUCCAGAUGUGCUAUUUCCAAUCGUACACAUUUGAUCAUCCUCUCAUCAGAUGUUCUCCGUAUUUUUUGAUGGUGCUAUCCUUAUCCAAAGUAAAUUCCAUCCAAUUUUUCGCUUUUUGUUUUCCGUCUAAACAAUACUCCGUACGAAUUACCCCGCCCAUCCUCUUCAAGAAUUAUGAUUAAUUUAAAGUUUGUCGCCAAAGAGUGUCAUCAUUU